AUGGACACGGGUGGUAUAGAGUUUUUGUCACAAAUUCAAGAAGGACAACUGUACAAGUACACAAAUGUGGUCAAAGGAUGGCAACACAGGUGGUUUAUAGUGGACCCAAGAGAAGGAACGCUAAGUUAUUUUUUGAGUGAAAAUGAUACAAAGCAACAACCACGGGGAUUUAUUUUUUUGGAAUCUGCUGUUGUAUCUCCAAGUGAUGAGGAUUCAAAUACAUUUUCUGUGAACUCUUGGAAUGGUGAAUGUUAUAAGCUAAGAGCUGUUGACGCACGAGCUAGACAAGAUUGGGUGAAUCGUUUGAGAGCUGCUGCUGAGUAUCAUUCCCAAAAAAAUGUACAAAAAUAUUCACGAACAAAUUAUGUAUAUGAUUUUUGCCCAAGUGGCGUUAAAAGAUCAUUGGCCAACGCACGACAAUACUUAUCUCAAGCUGAAAACAAUUUUAUUGACAUGGCUCGAGUCAUAGAGAAGUUACCAUCUCAAGGUCCACGCUUAAGGAAUACUGAUCCAGACUUGUUAAUAAUAAAAGCAACAUCGCAGUCAAUGAUGUGCGCGUUAGAAAACUGUUAUAAGAUUCUACAACAUUCGAGCAUAGAACAACCAAUCAUUCGAACUUAUUCAUUUUUGAAUUCAAAACAGUCUUCCUUAGCUACACAUUCAAAAAGAAAAUCACAUACAACAAGUACUUAA